GUGUGUGUUGUGUAACGAAAUUACCGGUGACACUAUUUGACUUUCUUCUCUUUCUCCAUUAUUAACAUUAACGUCAGCCAUACAAAAUCUCCACCAUUCUUUUUUCUAUAUUUAGUCGACUCUCCUCUUCACCAUCCAAUUAUAUCCUACACUUCUCAUCUACUACUAUUCUUUCCCUCUUCACUUGCACAUAAUCUUGACUUUCUUCAUACUUGCACCAAUUUGAAAUAUCAAUAAAGGUAGAAAUGAUGCAUGCACAAACAAUAAGUGAUCCAGGGGAAGAGAUCAAAAUAAGUUUUGGCUAUAAUAACUUCACAGAUGAUUCAGGUGAGGAAUCAGACGGUAUUGACAACUGCCACGGAAUUAAACUUCGAAGAGCCAACAAUUCCUUCUCUUGCCUGUCUGGGGCGGCUUUAAGUGCCAAUUACACACUAGCUAACACAAAUAUUUGCAAUGGCUUGUUUGGAGCUGAGAUACUUCCAGCAUUGGAUUCGCCUACUUCUUUCCGCCGAAUUCCCUCUUCCCCAUCUAUCUCAAGGUUGGAUUUAUUGUCAUCUUCGUUGCAAAGCAAUUUGUCAAUAUUGAGUGGUAGUCCAUCCUCUCCAACUGAGCUACCUGAUGACGAUUCAUUCUCAUGGAGGUCCGUUAGUGCUCCUCGAAGUGAAGGUUUCCUGAAUGCGACAGAAGUUAAAAUUGCAGGCGGUGCAGCUGGCGAAGACAGAGUUCAGGCUGUUUGCUCAGAAGAAAAUGGAUCACUUUUCUGUGGCAUAUACGAUGGAUUCAACGGAAGAGAUGCAGCUGACUUUCUGGCUGGAACAUUAUAUGAGACUAUUGGAAAUAAACUCAAUUUAUUAGAUUGGGAAAUGGAACAGCAGGAGUCUGGUAAAGGUUUCCAUGGAACCCUCCAUGAUGCCGUUCAAGAUGAUAGAUCUAGCAGCAUCAAGGUUAAAGAUACUUCGUGCGACUCAUUUAAGCAGAAGGUACUUGAGACCCUGGAACAAGCUCUUUAUCAAGCUGAGAGCGAUUUUCUCCAUAUGGUUGAACAGGAAAUGGAUGACCGUCCUGACUUGGUAUCAAUUGGAUCUUGUGUUUUAGCUGUGCUUCUCCAUGGGAAAAACAUGUAUGUGCUCAACCUAGGUGAUAGUCGAGUUGUAUUGGCAACACAUUCCGAUGGAAUCACUACUUGCAAUGAUGAAGUAUUGCAGGCUGAACAGCUGACCAUUAGCCAUAAUGUUGAUGAUGAGUCUGAAAGAACUCGACUAUUAAAGGAACAUCCUGAUGAUCCCUCAACAAUCGUGGGUGGAAAAGUUAAGGGAAGGCUAAAGGUCACUCGCGCACUCGGAGUGGGUUAUCUGAAAAAGAAAACAAUGAAUGACGCGUUGAUGGGCAUACUUCGAAUCCGUAAUCUGAUAAGUCCUCCAUAUGUUUCUGUACAACCUCAUAUGAGUGUACACGAAAUCUCAAAUUCAGACCAGUUUGUUGUGCUUGGAAGUGAUGGUUUAUUUGACUUCUUCAGCAAUGAUGAGGUUGUUAAGCUUGUCCAUUCUUAUAUCCUAUGUCACCCUUCUGGUGAUCCAGCCAAAUACUUAGUGGAGCAGCUCGUGAUUCGAGCAGCAGAUUAUGCAGGAUUCAGUAUGGAAGAGUUAAGGAGUAUACCAGCUGGCAGGAGAAGGAAAUAUCAUGAUGAUAUAACAGCUAUUGUAAUAAUACUUGGAAUGAACAAACGCACCUCAAAAGCAUCUACAUAUCUAUAAGUUUGUUAAUUAGAAGAUUUUUUUUGCCUUUUUGUCUUUUCCUUUUUUUUUUAAGUUUUUCCUUUUGAUCCCUAAUGUGGGGGGAAGGAUAACAGGGUAGUGGGUUAUUUUAUUUGUCAUUAUUUUUGGAUUACCUAACCUUGUUCUGUGGAAGACUUCUUCCUGAUCUAAAAUUAUGACUUAUGUACAGAGUGUUUCUCAUUUGACUAUAACGGUCAAAGUUCUUAUAGAAUAGAUUUUUCAUGUUAUAUCA